AUUGUUAGUUAGUACUACUAAUUAAUAAUCAGCUCACUAAAAAAAGCAUGAAAAAAAGAGAGAUCGAUUAAUAAAACCACUCGGACAGGUCAAUCACUGCUAGUGCAUCGAUCAGUGCUCCCUGCGGACAAGAAAAGCGGACUGCUUCGUUCAACUCCGAGAGAAAGCUUCGAGCCAGAGCGGGGGCCGAGGAGACGAUGGUCGGGAUCUUCUCCAGGUUCUCCGCCGGCGCCCACCGCCGCUCCAAGAGCGUGGCCGAGGUUGUCGAGACGUUGGCCCCCAACAUGAGUACAGGAGAGUCUGAUCCAGCAGCUGUUCCUGCAGAGAGCCCUCACGGUAUUGAGGUUGGCGUUGAGUUCAAGCCGGUGGAGCACCCUGUGGAACCUCUCAAUCUUGAUGAGCCAGUAAAAUGCCCACUUCCUGAGCCAUCUAUACUGCAUGAUGGGAGGAUAUGGAAGGAGAAAAUGUCUUCAGUCAGCACGAGAGUGAGAACAGACUUGCCGGUCGUGAAGGAAGGAUCGCAGCUCGAUCCUGACAGUAGCAGUGCUAGGUCACGUUCUGCAGUUCCAAGGCGUGCCAUAUUGCCCUCUGUAAGCGCGCCCGAGCACAACAUCCUAGCGCUGCUUGACGAGUGCGACGUCUCUGGGAGCCGUGGCUCUGCUGAAUGAGCUUGAGUUGGGCGUCCCCAGCACAUUGUAGCUAAACUGUGUUUGGCAUUUGCCUCUGCCUGUUUCUCUUCCACUUGUCAAGCACCACGAGCUGAUCUGAAUACAGCAACCUUAUGUCUGAAGAAAAAUAGAACUACACAACAGAUCUUUUGUCUGGAUUGUAUCUAUAAAUACGAGUGAAAGCAUUUUGGUGAAGAUGUCUCGCACUUGUCGAAGGCAGUAAUGGUUACUGAAACACUUGGUUUUGUGUUGUAA